CCACCAAUCGUGUUUCUACUGUACUGUAUUGAAUAUAUCAACGUCUUAAGUUUUUGCAAAGCUUUUUCAGGGCUACCGUAGUUUUAAACUUCCAGCCACAAAUAGAGGCUUCUGUUUCAGCCAGUAUCGAUUGAAAAGUAGUACCUCAGCGUUUUUAGAGUAGUACAUAGACAGUGUUUUUCUUACAUUCUUAUUCUUACACCUUGAGCUAUCACAAGUGAGAAACGAUGAAGUCUGCGGUACUUAUUUUAGCGGUGAUAGCAGCCACUAGAGCCAAUGUAUUUGAUAGCAUAGCUGAUCUAACCAAGAUGACUGCUGACACUGGUACUGACGCUUUGGAAGCCAUAGAAAAAGUCGGGGAGGGUACACUAGCAGCAGUUAUACCGGAAAGAGCCGAUAGACUAAAAGUUCAACGGAAAACAAUAGAGGAACUAGUCGGAAAGGAAGGGUAUGCAGUGGAAAGUCAUCACGUCACUACUGAAGACGGCUAUAUUUUAACUCUCUACAGAAUUCCUCGUGGGAAAUCUGAUCAAGCACCAUCAAAAGUGGUAUUACUGCAGCAUGGAGUUUUGGCGUCUUGUACAGAUUGGAUCUUGUUCGGCAAAGAGCGCGGUCUUGCUUUUAUCCUUGCUGAUCUAGGAUUUGAUGUUUGGCUAGCAAAUUGCAGAGGCAACUAUUAUUCAAGGAAUCAUAUCAAACUCAAUCCCGACAAAGAUCCAGAAUUUUGGGCUUUCAGUUGGCAUGAAAUUGGCAUGUAUGAUGUCCCUGCUAUGAUUGAUUAUAUGCUGAAAGUAACUGGAGAGAAACAGAUUUACCACGUGGGACACUCUCAAGGUACAACUACAUUUUAUGUGAUGACUUCAAUGAGACCCGAAUAUAAUGACAAAAUCAUCCACCACAUUAGCCUUGCCCCCACUGGUUUUAUGAACCAUCUCCAGAGCCCUCUAAUUCAGCUCUUUGCCGGCUCUACCGAGUCACUUGGAGCCCUGAUGAAGGUAAUGGGACAAUAUGAAUUUAUGCCCGAAGACAGCUUUCUUAAUUUUGCCACCGCUAUUUAUUGCUCGAAUACUGGUCUGAAUAAGAUAAUAUGCAAGAACGCAUUGUUUCUAAUGAGUGGAUUUAAUGACAAACAAAUGAGCACCAAAGAAAUUCCAAUCAUUAGGGCAUAUUACCCAGCUGGAGCUGCAACCCGUCAACUCGUUCAUUAUGGACAAGAAAUCAAGUCCCACAGAUUCUGCAGAUAUGAUUUCGGGCUCUUGAAAAAUAACAAAAUUUACAUGGGCCGUCUCACACCACCAGAUUAUGAAUUGGAGAAAAUCAGGGCCAGCAUCACUUUGAUCUUCAGUAAAAACGAUUGGAUGUCCUCUCCUAAAGAUGUUGAAAGGUUGGCGAAAGGACUUGUCAACGCAAAUGUGGUAAAGAUUGAGGCUCCGCUAGAAAAUUGUAAUCAUCUUGACUACCUCUUUGGCAAAGAUGCUCCAAAGACCAUCUAUCCGCUAGUUGCCAAGAUCCUUACAGAAAAUUAAUUAACAGGCCAGGGUAAUAAGGCAAAAAUAUAUCCUGUUCAUGACAAUUCAACAGCCAGGGUACUGAAGUGUUUUUUAGACAGGUAAUACCUGUAAGAACAAAUUGUAACUAUUUGCUGCGUAGGAUCUGGCGGCCAUUUUUAUUUAUAAACAAUUUAGUGUCAAGAGCCUUUUUCCUUUUUUUUCAAAUCAAUGAAAGACAGUGAAACUGAUGGUUUUUUAGUACAAACAUCUUCGAGAGCAUGGAAAAAGGUUAAAAAGGGCGUAUUACAAAGUUUGAUAUACUCAUUUAUUGUUAAUAUUAUUACUAAAAAUGAUCGAAAUUGCAAAAAAAUUAAUUUCUCAAUAACUAUUGUAAAAAUUAGUCUACAUCUUUGAAAUUUUUGUCAAAUGAGGGUUUUUUGAUGCUCAAUAGGUAACAAAAAUUUCAAAGCAAUUCAUUCAAUUGUUUAAAUUUUAGUCAAAUUGUUUAUCCCAGCAAGCUUUUUUUGUAAUAAGUCAGAAAAAAAUUAUGUUAGAACCGUUCUACAGGUAUCAAAUGAAAGAGCAUGAGCUAAACUUUCAAAUUGGUUUAAAAAAGUGAAUAAAGCAUGCAUUUACUAGCAAUAAAUAAUUAUUCAAAAGUAUCAUCAAUUUUUCCUCAUGAACUUUUUGAGUAACUUUUUUCAAAAAAAAAAUAUUUUUUUACUAUGUUUUAGGUGCUCAACUUCCAAGUAAUGUUAUGUAUUAUAAUAAUUGAUAAAAAAUUGUAAUAAAUAUAUAUAAUUUAUUAUAUAAGAAAAUAAAUAAUAUAUAAGGAAAAAUUGACGAUAAUUUUACGUAAUUAUGUAUUACUAAUAAAUGCAUUUUUUAUUGACUUUUUUUAAACUAACUUGAAAAUUAAGCUCAUGCUCUUUCAUUUGACACCUAGAAUAGUUGUAACAUAAUUUUUUUGACUUAAGUUAUUGCAAAAAAGAUCUCUGGGAUAAACAAUUUGAAUAAAAUUUAAACAAUUGAAUGAAUCGCUUUGAAAUUUUUGUCACAUAUUAAUCACCAAAUAACUCUCAUUUGACAAAAAUUUCAAAGCUGUACACUAAUUUUUACAAUAGUUAUUGAGAAAUUCAUUUUUUUGCAAUUUCUACCUUUUUUCGCGCAAUUAUAUUAAAAAUAAAUGAGUAUAUUAAACUUGUAAUAAGCCAUUUGAAAGCUUUUUUCAUGCUCUAGAAGCUGUUUGUACUAAAAAACCAUAAGUUUCGCUGUUUUCCAUUGAUUCGAAAAAAAGAAAAAAAUACCGUUUUUUGACACUAAAUUGUUUAUAAAUAAAAAUGGCCGCCAGAUCCUACGCAGGAAAUAGUUAUAAUUUGUAUUUCCUGUCAAGAAAACGAUUCAGUACCUUGGCUGUUGAAGUGUCAUGGAAAAAACCUUAUUACCCUGGACUAUAAUGUUUUUAGAAGCAGUGACUGUGUUACGUUUUAAUUUGUAUUGUAUUGUGAAUUUUAAUUAUUUUGAGAUACAUUUAAGAUACAUUUUCGUAUGAAAUCUAUAUUGUACUUAAUAUUGAAAAAUAUAAAAAUUCCUUCGAUUAAAUGAAAAAAAAAUUGUUAGAUAUUGACUCAAAUAAAUAUUUUAAAGUUUUAA